CGACGACCUCAGAAGCUGAACGUGAUGUUGUCUGCACCGUUUUAUGAUAAUUAUUUUUAUACUUAAAGGAAGGAAAUAUUUGUUUCUUUUAAGUUAUAUAAUGCAUUGUUGCAUAAAAUAUCUUUUUUAAUGGAUUGAUUUUAUAAACUUUAGGCUUCAGAGAUAGUUCUGCUGACUGUAAUGUAAUGAAGUUGGGAUCAUCACUUUCCUAAAUUAAAACCUGUGUAAAUCUGAGGCCAUAGGAUUUUCCUGUAGAUUAUUAUGGCCCAAGUAAAAGAUGGAGGAGUUGGGUCAUCGACCACUCCGUUUUCUCAUCAGUCGACAGAUUCAUGUGAAAGGAUUUUGUCAGAAGAAGAGAUGGAAAAACUGAAGAAUGACCAGGUUUUGGUGUCAGACUUUAAGCAGCAGAGGUUGGAGAUUGAUGCUCAGAAAAACUGGGACUUAUUUUACAAAAGGAAUACCAUUAACUUUUUUAAAGACAGGCACUGGACAACAAGGGAAUUUGAAGAACUUAAAGCUUGCAGAGAGUUUGAGGCCCAGAAGCUGGUGAUGCUGGAGGCUGGAUGUGGAGUUGGCAAUUGUAUCUUCCCUUUGUUGGAAGAUGACCUCAACAUCUUUAUUUAUGCAUGUGACUUUUCACCUCGAGCUGUACAGUUUGUGAAGAGCAUGGAUAACCGAGAGAAGGAAAGCAGGUCUGAUGGAGAAUGCGAAUCAGCUGAAGAGGAAGAAGUGGAUCCCCGGGUUCAGGGGGAACUGGAGAAGCUGAACCAGUCCACAGAUGACAUCAACCGAUGUGAGACCGAAUUGGAGGAUGCAAGGCAGAGGUUUCGCUCUGUGUUGGUGGAGGCCACACUAAAAUUGGAUGAGCUACUGAAGAAGCUCGGCAAAGCUGUAGAGGACUCUAAACCAUACUGGGAGGCACGACGUGUGGCACGGCAGGCUCAGCUUGAGGCUCAGAGGGCAACCCAAGAUUUCCAGAGAGCCACUGAGGUGCUUCGGGCUGCCAAAGAGACCAUAGCCCUGGCUGAACAGAGACUACUGGAGGAAGACAAAAGACACUUUGACUCAGCCUGGCAAGAGAUGCUGAACCAUGCCACUUCGAGGGUGAUGGAGGCAGAACAAACGAAGAGCCGCAGCGAGCUACUGCAUAAAGAAACUGCAGCCAGAUACAAUGCAGCUAUGAGUCACAUGAAGCAGCUAGAGAAAAAGCUUAAACGCACCAUCAGCAAGUCCAAGCCUUAUUUUGAACUGAAGGCAAAGUACUACUUACAGCUAGAGCAACUGAAAACGAAUGUAGAUGACCUGCAAGCCAAGUUGACCCACUCUAAAGGGGAAUAUAAGACAGCUCUGAAAAACCUAGAGAUGAUCUCUGAUGAGAUCCAUGAGCGCCGGCGCUCCUUAGCCAUUGGCUUGCGGGAGAGAGGAGUGGGGUCAGAAGGUGAUGGAAUCACUGGAGAUGACAUUACCAACUUCAGAAUGGAGUCUGAUUGCAUAUCCCUGACCUCUGAGACAUUUGAGGAUGAGAACUGCAGUAAUAGUGCCAUGUCUGAAGAGGAUUCAGAAACACGAUCCACAUGUAGCAUCAACUCUGGAGGCAAUGUCCCUUUGCAGCUACAGUGCCCCUUCUCCUCUUCCUCAUCACCAUUAUUUACAUCUUCAGCCUCCUCCUCUCCCUCAUCACGGCCAUGCAGCCUGGAGCUGCCCAGUACUGUUUCUCUGUCGGACUUUGGCCUGAUAUCACCUAUUCUUGGACCUCGAAGUGAAUGCAGCGGAGCCUCUUCACCCGAGUGUGACAUGGAGAGAGGUGACAGAGCAGAGGGAGCGGAGGAUGAGUUGAACAACAGCAUUAGCAGCAUUAAGAACCACUUCCAUUUCCUGUCCCUGAAACGUGGGCAGAUGGACAACGGCAAAACCACAGAGCAUAAGCCAUUGGGUAUGGCCUAGAGUAUCACCAGCACUACACCACUGCUUAACGGGGGCUGAAUUUGCUGCUAUUACCCGAUCAUUAUCACUCGUGAAAGAUGUAGGCAGCUGUCAGUCGGUCUGUUUUUACCCAUGAUUCAGCACCUUUCAUUUUGUUAGGGAUGUUCUGGAUCUUACUGGCUCUUCACUGAGCAAGAUUAAACCUGGGAAAGAUUAAUAGGAAUGUGCGCAUUUAAGAAAAUGGGAAUAAUUUCUUACAGCACAUUUGAAGGACAUUUGAUUACUAAAAAAUAUGAGGAAAAAUUGAUUGAUGGAGGAUUGAGUCUCAUUUCUCCCACUUUGUAGCAGAUCAUACACAUAUUACUCAUGAGCUGUUCCUAUAAGUAAUGCUAUCGGAGCUCUUGUUUUGGACACAGGGCACCACAGAGACGUUACUAAUUGUGAUGAAAGAGGAAGCAGUCAAAAACAGUACUUCCAGGUUCAAACAGAUUUUUAAUUGGCAGCUUCUGUAGUGCAGUAAUGGCUCAAGUGCCGCCAUGCUGGAUCACACUUCUCUACACACCCUUCUUUAAUUGCUUUUCCAUCUACGCUUCAACAUCUGCAUUUCAGCAGCAGCAUGACCAUUAUAGCUGAAAUUUGCAUAUGCUGCCAUGUGUGUCUUGAUGGACUAGUACCACUUUCAUUGAAAAAGCAAUAGAUACUAAAUGUAUUAUUUCCAGCUCUUUUUUGUAGAUUAAAAUGGCAUAACCUAGUUUUACACUGUUGAUUUACUGUAAUUGUUAGCAUUUGGGUAGAUGCUAAGAUGUCUGUGACUAUUAAUCAUUUAUGUAAUAGUCUCUGCUACUGCUAGAUAGCUAGAGGCACAAAGCACAGCUUUAGGCCACAUCCACACGACAACGGCAACGUGAUGUUAUUUAAAAAAAAUAUCGCCUCCAAAUGGGCAACGAUCAGUAGAAAUCAGGUCCAUAUGGCAACGCAACGCUUGCUGAAAACGAUGCAAUACACAUGCCACACCUCUAGGGGCGCUGUAAGACGGUCCCUUCGGACACACCAGAACAACCC